UAAGCUUUGGAAGGGAGAGGAUGAAGUUUUCUGAUAGCUUCAACCAUGGCAAAGGAGGGAAGAUGAGUUAUGUUACCCUCUGGGUGUGUCUUCUUAUUACAGUGACCUUGCUUUGCCUCAUCAAAUCCGGUUUCAACACCGCAGGCGCAUUGACCCUGCAAAUAUCCAUCUGGUCCAAUGUUUUAUCGACGGGGCAACUGAAUAAUACUGAACGACAAGGGGAUGUCGGAGUAACGUGCGACUACACCGGCACCGACUCCGACACUUGCUGGAUCGCCGGCGAUAUCAGAGUCCUCACCAACUCAUCCACCAUCAUGGUCGCCUCGCCGCUCGCUGACCAAUUAUCUCCGUCGCAAAACACGACGUGGAAGAUCAGACCUUACACCAGAAAGCAGGAGGUGACGACCCAGAAACUCGUCCGAGAGCUGACCGUGGCGUUGACCUCACAGCCUCCUCGCUGCACGGUCAACCGCAGCACCGUGCCCGCUCUGUUCUUCUCCACCGGCGGCUUCAUCGGCAACUACUUCCACGACUUCACCGACGUCAUCAUCCCCCUCUUCAUGACGGCCAGGAGGUUCAACGGAUCCGUCCAGUUCGUCGUGGUGGAUUUCAGCGCCGCUUUCAUGGACAAGUACCGGCCAAUUCUGGAGCGGCUCUCGGAUCACCCCGUCAUCGACAUGGACGGCGCGGACGACGCAGUGCGUUGCUUUUCCCACGCGCACGUCGGCCUUCUCAGCCACAGAGUGCUGGGCAUCGAUUCCUCCAGGUCCCCAGAUGGCGUCUCCGUGCACGACUUCAGAGACUUCCUGAGGGCGUGCUUCUCGCUCAAGCGAAAUUUCAGCAGCCCGAGUAGCAAACCGAGGCUGCUGCUAAUUCUAAGGAAAGGCCCGCGAUCCUUCGUCAACGAAGCAGAGGUGGUGAACACCGCGGGAUCGCUCGGUUUUGAGCUGAUCUCGACGACGCCGGAGGACGCCGACAACCUCUCGCUCUUCGCCCGAGUUGUGAACUCGGCGGAUGUUCUCGUGGGGGUUCACGGCGCAGGGCUGACCAACAUGUUGUUCCUCCCUGACCAUGCCACGCUGCUUCAGAUCGUUCCUUGUUGCGGGAUGGCGAUGACGGCGGGAAACAGAUAUCUCUUCGCCGAGCCGGCUCUGGACAUGGGAUUAAGGUACGUGGAUUAUGAGAUAAGCGAGGAGGAGAGCUCGCUGAUCGAUAUGUACCCCAGAGGCGGCGCCGUGUUCAAGGACCCUGCUUCCAUUCAGAAAGAACAAGGAUUUGUUGCGUUUUGGAACAUUUAUUUGAAUCAACAGAAGGUGAAGCUGGACGUCGAAAGGUUUCGGAGCAAGCUGCUUGAUGUUCUUCACAUUAUCAAAAAUUAGGAGGCAUUCAGUCGUUCUCAAUUCAUAGUGCCCUAUAUAUGUUUGUGUUUAU